CCAUAGCCGGAUUGGUCCCUGCUCCGUUGCUGUUACUAGGGAUGGCAAUUUCGACCUGACCCGAUUUACCCGACCUGUUUGACCUGUUUUGAGGCGGGGCGGGCAUGGGUACCUCUCAUCGACCCGACCUGUCCUGACCCGCCCCAUUCUCGACACGUUCUUGCCUAAAUUACAUAUAAUAUUAGUUAAAUUACUUAAGAUUUUCUUCUUAUUACAUUAUAUUUUAGCUAUAAUAAAGUUGUAAAUAAGUGAAAACCUCAAUUUCUUCAAUAAUUUAACUACAUUUUAUCAUAUUAUGGUUUCUUUCUUGGUCUUUCAAUGAAAAGAACGAAUAUUUCUAAUGUUUUUCACAUAAAUUACAUACCCAAUGGGUCGACCUGCCCCGACCCUCGCCCCGUGAUAAAUUACCCGACCUGCCAUGGGGCGGGUAUGGGUAUCGAGAUACCCUCCCCGAAGUUGCCCCAUUGCCAUUCCUAGCUGUUACUAGAAAUCACUGCUUGCCGAAUAAGCUCAUUUUUCUUGUGCUGGUCCCGCACUUUAAUCGGGCCUUUGAUCAGUAUGCGUUUCACCAUUUGGGCUGGACUUUUGGUCGAAGUCGAGUCCAAGCCCGUUAUCGAUGGCAUCUUCCUGGUUCGUCGGUUACAAGAAGACACAACACAAAUGAAAUGAGCCAAUCACAGCCAAAAUUCCAGGCCGUGGGAAGUUGAAAGCCUGAACAAGGAAGAGAUAAAGCAAUGGCGGAGCCUCAUCCACACACUCCUCACUUUGGGCAGCGUCCAUCCGCCGAACCGAAUCCCUAAAAGUUUACUCUCCACACAAUCCAGGCUGCGAAAGAAAGAGCACGAUCCGCCAUUUUCCACAGAGAUGAGUAGUUCUUGUGCAUCCUCCGCCGCGGCCGUCGUCGGCCUUUUGUCUGCACCGCGCCCCACCGCUACUCUGCUACCUCCCUCGCUCGCUCUCCCUGUCACGAUGACAACCGCCGCCGGCGCCAGAUGGAGGAGGAGGAGGCAGCCGGUCUGCUGCGAAGUGGCGGUCCGAUCGUCGAGCGAUUCGGCGACGUCGUCGGAGCACAGGAUCGGAGCGAGGGUGCGGGUGACGGCGCCGCUGAAGGUGUACCACGUGCCUCGCGUGCCGGAGGUGGAUCUGACGGGGAUGGAAGGUGUGCUGAAGCAGUACGUAGGGUUAUGGAAGGACAAGACCAUCUCCGCCAAUCUGCCUUACAAGGUGGAGUUUCUGAUUGAGGUCGAAGGCCGUAGCUCCCCCGUCAAGUUCUCCGCCCAUCUCCGUGACGACGAGUUCGAGUACCUUGAUUGACUCGAAUUUGCGUUCAGCUGAAUCGAUCAGUCAGCAGGCGGCGGCGAAUAGUCGACCACCGGCUUUCUGGAUUGCCUGCCGCCGAAUUCAAUUCAGCCUGGUUGCACUACUCACGCAGGCAAAUGUUCCCUCUUCGUUAACUUUUAGCCGCUGUUAACUGUAUUUAACAGUUUUGAGAGUUAUUACAUACAUACGCCUCUUCCCUUCCCUCAAAACAGAACACUGCAGAAUGAACUCUGCAGCACGACAAUUGAAUUGUGUUAACCUGUAAUAAUGUCUAGUCAACUAGUCAUCCAGACUCCAUCGACGACCUAUUUGCUUGCUUGAUCAUUCCCUGUCUAUUCCUGGCUUUGAUCAUGUCUUCAGCUCUUGUGCUUCUUUGCGUAUUCAGAUCAACACAAUUUCGCGGAUUGAUCUUUCUGGCUUUGAUCAAGUCUUCAGCUCUAGUGCUUCUUUCCAUAUUCAGUUCAGCACGAAAGCAGACUGAAGAACAAUACAGCAGCUGCUGCUAAGUGGUGGAGAUAGUAACCAGCAAUGAACUAAUGAUACAACC